CGCGCGCGGAGGCGGGGCAGGCGGUCGGUUGCUAAGACUUGUGAGGCGCUGCGCUCGCUUGCGGUUCGUCAGGUGGCCGUAGGCUUCUGCCCCGCCCAGUUGUCACAGCGGAAAUGUCUGAAAAGGAGAACAACUUCCCGCCGCUGCCCAAGUUCAUCCCCCUGAAGCCCUGUUUCUACCAGAAUAUCUCUGACGAGAUCCCCAUCGAGCACCAGCUUCUGGUGAAGAGAAUCUACCGGCUGUGGCUGUUCUACUGUGUCACCCUGGGGGUCAACCUUGUCGCCUGCCUGGCCUGGUGGAUCGGUGGUGGCUCGGGGGCCAAUGUUGGCCUGGCCUUGGUCUGGCUGCUGCUCUUCUCCCCCUGUGGCUACGUGUGCUGGUUCCGGCCUGUGUACAAAGCCUUCCGAGCCGACAGCUCCUUCAACUUCAUGGCGUUCUUCUUCAUCUUUGGAGCCCAGUUUGUCUUGACGGUCAUCCAGGCGAUCGGCUUCACGGGAUGGGGUGCAUGUGGUUGGCUGGCGGCAAUCGGGUUUUUCCAGACCAGUGUUGGAGCUGCUGUGGUCAUGCUGCUUCCAGCCAUCAUGUUCUCCAUGUCAGCUGCCAUGAUGGCCAUCGCGAUCAUAAAGGUGCACAGGAUCUAUCGGGGGGCUGGCGGAAGCUUCCAGAAGGCGCAGACCGAGUGGAACACGGGCGCUUGGCGGAACCCACCGUCCCGAGAGGCUCAGUACAACAACUUCUCGGGAAAUACCCUGCCCGAGUACCCUACUGUGCCCAGCUACCCGGCAGCCGGCAGCCAGUGGCCGUAGAGGGGCUGGUUAGCCCCGCUGCCCGCCCCCCUCCCCUCCCCCGGCCAGGGCGGCGGAGCCUGCGAGCACUCGGGGACCCGCACUUGUGUUCGUCUUGUCUUUGGCAGUGAGGUCCUCGCAAGCGCCACCCAGAAACCGUCCAGCCUGUGCUGCCCAGCAGGACGGCUCCCAUGCUGCACAGCACACCCCUCCUCUGGAGGUCUCGGGCCGCCCUCAGGCCUCCCCGGGGAGAAGGGGCAGCAGGCCGGCUGCCUGCCUUCCAGAGCUGAUGGCACGGAGAGGGACUCCGCCAGGGCGUCACCCUCAGCCCUUCUCCUCCCCUCCUUCCUGUCCCCGUGGGCGACGGAGGGGCUUGGUUGGGUCCUCCGUGUUCUUGUCCUCUGUGUCCUGUCCACCUGCAGCCAGAGGGCUCUUGUGGACGGCCCUGCGGGGUCGGCCAGAGGCCGAUGAGCCACCUGGGCACCAUGAUCUGAGCCCCUGUCCCUCUGUCCGUCUGCCCGCUGGGCUCUGUGUGGGGCCAUUGGCCUUCCUGCCCACAAUGGCUCUCUCCGUGGGAACGUCGAGGGGACCCCUGUCGAGAUCUGAAGGCUGGGGCGGAACCCCUUUGGGGGGGAUGGGGGCCGUGGGGAUCUGAAGGCUGGGGCGGGACCCCUUUGGGAUCUCCCCUCUGCAGACGCAGAGAAAGCCUCAGGAGCGGGCAGAGUGGGUGGGCCGGGCCGCUCGGAGCCCGCGGCCACGCAGCCCUCGCUUGAGCUGCAGGAAGCAGGAGACUGGGUUUCUUGAGAGUGGCCUUCUAGAAUUUAAGAUGUGACAAACCUGUGCCUUAGUGAGCAAUCUAAACGACACGUCACCUCCCUCCGGCUCUCGUAGCUCCUGAGACAAAGGACUGGAAUGUUCCGUGGGGAUCUCGGUAGCACGCCUGUGAGCUGACCGGCCGGAAGAGCCCUCGUCGUUUCCUAGCCCUUGCUGGCCAGGCGCCCCAGGCGCCCCGAAUGCUGCCUCUCGGCUCCCGGCUGGCUGUCUCGGGGUAGGACAGGGACCCUCUGCGUCAUACACUGCCACACGGGACGCCGGUCUCUCCAGAAGCCCCAACCAGGCAGCCCUGUUCUUUGCUCUCCACACCCACGCUUGCUUACUUUGGCUGCUCAUGCUGGGCGCCGUGUGGUGUCCAAAGGUGGCUGUGGUUCCUGAGGACGUGCCUGGGCCUGGGUCCCCUCAGUCUCAAGCCGUGGGUCUCCCGGGUGUCCCUGAACGCCCCCUAGCCAGCCUCUGCGACCGAGAGGCGUGCGCUGCACUGACCGUGGGGUCAAGUCCCCUGCUGCGCACGGGACUGAGCAGGUGUGGCCCCAGGUAGGAGAACCGCACGCACAUCCGCCUUUGUUACUUCGUAGUGGGUUUUGUUAUGGGAGGGUAUCCUGGAAAUAAAUACCAUAGUCCUUCCUGCAUCGCGGGGCCUCUGCGGGGCUGUUGGGGCAUGCGAGUCUGUGGCCCUAGCCCCACGCUGCCCCUGCCUGUGACCGUGCCCCGCACAGCGUCGCCCUCGUGUACUGUGAGCCAUCACAGUGCGUUUCCUUCAUGCUUUUCCUUUCAGUCAGCUUGCUUUUUUUAUGCUCCACUGUUUUAACUUGAAAAAGGGAAGUGUACAGAAAAUGAGAAACCAGCAUCACUUGCCGCAAACGAAAAAAUGGUAGACAUGGCUGCAAGAGAAACAGGAGGGCCUCGCAGAAGCCCAGCUGCAGGGGCCUCCCCAGGGCUCACGGCCUGGACACCCCACGUGGACACGGGAGGGAGGGCGGGACGCUUUGCCACCACAGGAAGGAGACUAGAUCCACAGAGAGAAACCAGACCAAACCCCAAGCAAACGGCAUGGGUUGCAUUGUGUCCCCCCCCCCCCCAGCCCCCCACAGAUUCACAUGUUGACAUCCCAGUGCCCAGCAGAUCAGGACGGGAAAUUAUUUGGAAAUGGGGCGGUCGCAAGGGUACUUAGUUAAGGUGAGUAGGGCGGGCCCUAAAGCGAUGACAGCUGUCCUUACAAAAAGGCGACAUGUGGACCCAGACAGGCAGGCAGAAACCCCAUGAAGACGGGGCCGAUGCUUCUACAGGCCAAGGCACACCGAGAUGACCGGUGACCUCCCCCCGUGAGCUGGGGAGCCUGGGACAGGUUCUUCCUCAGCAGGAACCAGCCCUGCAACAUUUCUUGGGCUGUGUGCUCCUGAACUGUGAGGGUUGGGUUAAGGCGGCCCCAGGAAGCACCCCCAGAUGCUAGAGCAGCGAACAAGGAGGUGGGGUGGGGUGGGGUGUGCUGUGGGGAUGCACCUGUCAACGUGUGGGACGCAGAUUGCAGGGGUGGACGGGGAGCGGGUGUCCCUUGGCUGGGCGGGGGGACCGGACUGGCGACAGGGCAGGAAGGGGGGAAAGAGGGCCCGGGUGCAGGGAUGUGUGUGCCCUGAGCUCCCAGGUGACCUGUAAGGACGCAGGUUGGGGCUGGAGUUGAGAGACCAAGGCUCAAGUUGAGAAAGGGACCCUUUGUGUGGGCGGCCGCGUCAAAGAACCGCGGACUGAGGGUUGAAGCCACAGGGGUCUCUCCUCCCACCUUCUGGGGGGCGGAGCUGGGAUCCACAGCAGGAUGCUGGCGGCAUCACCUAUGACCACGGGACUGGGGGGGCUCAGCGCUCCUGCAUCCUGGGGGCCAGAUGUCUGAGCUGUCGGUGUUCACGGGGCGGCGUCCCCUCUGCAGGCUCCAGGGAAGGGCCCUCCCUGCCUCUCCCAGCUGAAUACUAAUACUCUAUUAGAAUUUAAGACAAAAUUUAAAAACAUUUGUUAAUGUCAUCUAAAAAUCUGUACAUUGCACUUCAACAUUAAAAAAAUAACUUUUUUUUUUUA